CCAAUCCAGGAUUAGCAAAUUCUACCACUAGUAUUAAUAACUAGGAACAUAAGUAGCCUCAUCCCUCCUUCCUCCGGUGUGCCUCAUCCAGCCCUCAAAGCCAUCUUUUACCGGGGAAGGUCAAAACCUCUUUCUUUGUCCCCAAAACCUUUGCUUCAAACUUCAAUUCUUCAAAGACUAUGGAGUCCAUCUCUCUUUCAACUCCGCUUUCCUCCUACCCUUCUCUCAGGCCUUUUCACAAACACUUUCCACCCUCCCUAUCUUGUUCACUUCCUCACAAGCCCCUUAUCUGGCCUGUGAAAUCUUCUCUGAAUUUCCGCCAACCCAUUUCAAGAAACGUGUCGAAAGCUUCAUUGGCCCACUCACUUAGCUUGAGUGUCAACGAUUUGCAGACGAGCCCAGAUGAUAGUGAGUUGUGGACGGCUGUCGCGCCUCAGACUCCGGCCACUGCAAUGAGGGGGGCUGAGGCUGAUGCAAUGGGGCUUUUGUUCAAGGAGAGGAUAGUGUUUUUGGGGAGUAAUAUUGAUGAUCUUGUUGCUGAUGCUAUUAUUAGCCAGCUGCUGUUGUUGGAUGCUCAAGACCAUACUAGAGAUAUUAGGCUUUUCAUUAAUUCACCUGGUGGCUCUCUCAGUGCUACAAUGGCUAUCUUUGAUGUCGUGCGACUUGUGAGAGCUGACGUUUCCACAAUUGCAAUAGGCAUUGCAGCUUCAACAGCUUCCUUAAUCCUUGGUGGUGGCACCAAAGGUAAGCGCUUGGCUAUGCCCAAUACACGAAUUAUGAUCCAUCAACCCCUUGGAGGUGCAAGUGGGCAAGCAAUAGAUGUUGAAAUUCAAGCCCGAGAAAUCAUGCAUAACAAGAAUAAUGUCAUAAAGAUUGUAUCUGAUUUUACUGGUCGAACAAUCGAACAAGUUGAAAAGGAUAUUGAUAGGGACCGGUAUCUCUCCCCCAUUGAAGCGGUUGAAUUUGGAAUUAUUGAUGGAGUUAUUGAUAGAGACAGCAUCAUUCCUCUUGUACCUGUUCCUGAAAGGGUUAAAGCUUCGACAUUCAAUUAUGAGGAGAUCAGCAAAGACCCUAAAAAGUUUUUGACGCCCGACAUUCCUGAUGAUGAAAUAUAUUAGUUGCUCAACUUUACUGAAAAUUCCUAAACUUUGGCUGCAAAAACAAAUGUUUGAUGAAAUGGCAAGAUAAAUGCCAUAGAUGAUUGGAAGGUUCAAACUUCAAAGCUGGAGUGAUGACAUCUUUUCGUGUAUGGAUAAUGUCGUAAGAAAAUUGAUUGUUGUGCCAACUGGAGAAAGAAGGUGGAGAAGCUCACUGCUACGAUUGCUUUUUAGAUAAAACACUUUCAGAAUCUCAAUUUAUAUUGGAGGGGUUUUAUUUUUAUUAGCUGAAAGGGAUAGUCCUAUGUGGUUUAAUGAUUACAGAGUAGCCCCAGAUGGGGGUUGGUUGUCCUUCGGUAAGCAUGUUUAGUUUGUACCCUAUUUGGAAUAAUUUUCAUUUAUAUUAGUAACCUUUAGGUUUUAGAAAUUCUCAGUAUGCCUCUUUAGCUUAAGCAAGUAUAAUUCUGGUGAAUGGUACUAUGAUCCAUCCACGUACAUUUAGAGUAACCAUUUUGACAUAUCAAAUAAGGUGCUCUUCAGUUAUGCGUAUAACAGUCCAUACCUCUGUCAUGUGAGAGGAUUUUUUAGUC